GUGUGUGUAUGUGUUUGUAUAUGAUUUAAUUUAAUUUUUUUUUUCUUUAAAAGAAUGAAUCAAAAAAAUGUCGCCACUACCAACAAAUUCAAAUACUAGACUCAUCAGUUCAUUCUUUUCACCUUUAAACAAAUCAGAGGAAAAGAAGCAUGAUCGACCCAAGAUCUCUGUGAAAAACAUUUUAAAGAGUAAUCGAUCUUCUUCUUCUUCUUCUCUUCGUAAUCACUCAUCAAUACCUUUCAAAUUCUCAAGAGAUACUGAAAGUUCUUUUAGCAAUAGUAGCAGUACUGAAAGUCUAGCUAAUAACUUGGCAAGAUUUCGUUUUGAGGGCUCAAGUGACAAAUCAUCAUUGUUUGAUCUAUCAACACCGACUACGAAUCGACUAAAACAAAGACACAUCUUUGAUAAUGAUGAUGAUGAUGAAGAAGAGGAAACAUUUAGACCUGUCUUACGUGAAAGAAAACCAAUUAAAAAAUCACUCACUCUUUUCUUUUCUUCUGAUGAAGACGAUCCUUCAGAAAGUGGUGAUGAUGACGACGACGACGACGGCUUGAAUUCUACAACUACUUUGCAAUCAAACAAAAGACGACGAAAAGGAAAACCAAACCAUAGUUUAUUUAGUGAUUCAGAAGAUGAAAUGUCAGAUGACGCAGAGGAUGAUGCCUAUGUGGAUGAAAACUCAAAACUAAAUAAAGCCUACGACGGUAUCACGGAAAAAGAAAAUAUUGAACGCGUACAACGUAUUUAUCCUAAUAAAACACUGGAGGAAAUUCAAGAUGCAGUACGUCAUGCUGGUAGUGUCGUAGGUGCUUGUCAAUUAUUAUCUAAAAAUGAGGAUAUACCCAAACCAAAGCGUUCUCGUAUAACUAUACGUAGUAGUAGUAGUAGUAGUAGUGAUGAUGAUGACGACGAUGAUAAGAUACAAAAAAAUAGUCGUCAACAAUUGUUUGAACUACAACGAGAACGUCUUGUUCUUCGACUGUUUAAUACGGGUUCAUCUAAAGAUAUACAAGAUAUUACGGGUUGCAAACCUGAGAUAGCAGAUAGAAUCAUUGAAGAAUUAAGACCCUUUUCUAAUAUAGAAGAUUUAGAAGAAAAAUUAAGACAGGCAAAAGGGAUGAGUGUGAAAUAUAUUCAAUCAUGUCAAGAAAUGAUGGAUAGUUAUUCGGCUGUAGAUCAAAUCAUUGAAAAUAUUGAAAAUUUAGGCUCAAGUUUACGUCAAAUUCUUCAUAUCUGGGAAGGUGCAGAUGCUCAAGAUACUCAUUUAGUGGAAUAUGAUAAAAAAGAAGAAGAAGAAGAUGAUGAUGAUGAAAACAGUCAGCCGGGCAUUCAUUUAGCUAAAGUAAAAGUAGAUUCAAAUCAAUCAAGUUCAAAAGAAUAUAAAGAUGCUAUGGAUGGCUAUCUUACAGAACAACCUGCCUGUGUUAAUAAGGAGAUUACACUGAAAGAUUAUCAAAUCUUGGGUGUCAACUGGAUGUUACUUUUAUACCGUAAAGGGAUCUCGGGUAUUUUGGCUGAUGAGAUGGGUCUUGGAAAGACAGCUCAAGUCAUUACCUUCUUAGGACGUUUAUAUGAGAUUGGUGAAAAGGGCCCUCAUCUGAUCAUCGUUCCUUCAUCUACUAUAGAAAACUGGGUUCGUGAAUUCGACCGAUUUUGUCCAGACUUGGAGGUUCGAUUAUACCAUGGUAACAUCAAGGAACGUGCACAAUUAAGAACUGAUUUGAAAUAUGAAAAUAAAGUCAAGGCCUUUCAAGUCGUCUUAACUACCUAUCAACUUGCAUCUGGACAUAUAGACGAUAGGUACUUUUUAAGAAAAUUAAAAUUUCGUUCCAUGAUUCUAGAUGAGGGACAUAUGGUAAAGAAUUUUAUCAGUGCACGUUAUAAAUAUUUGAUGAACAUAAAUACACCUUUCCGUCUCUUAUUAACCGGUACACCACUUCAAAAUAACCUUCAAGAACUGAUCUCUCUCUUGAUGUUUAUCAUGCCUGAAACAUUUGCAAACUAUGAAGAUGAAGUAAGGGCUCUCUUCAAGAUUCGUUCAGCAACGACUUCAAGUGAACAAGUCACGAACGGGAAAGCGAAUGAAACCUCUGUUCAAGUGCUUUCAAGGGCACGUAUCUUGCGAGCUAAAAAGAUGAUGAUGCCCUUUGUACUUCGUCGUAAAAAGGAAGAUGUACUUCAUGAUUUACCUAAAAAGUUUCAAAGAAUUGAACAUUGUGAUAUGACGCAAAGUCAAACUGAAAUUUAUUCAGACAUCAUUAUGAAUUCCAAGAAAAAAUACAAUGAAGAAGAAGAAAAAGGAAAAGAGAAAUCAGCUAUGAGAGAUCAAUUCGAAAGCAUGACUAAUAUCAUUAUUCAUUUAAGAAAGGCUGCAGAUCAUCCGUUAUUAUUUAGAAAGAUUUAUACCGAUGAUUUAUUACGACAAAUGGCAAAAGAAAUUAGACGCGAUGUUAAAUAUUGGGAUUCUGAUGAAGACUAUAUUUAUGAGGAUAUGACAGUUAUGUCUGAUUUUGAACUACAUAAACUAUGUAUAGAAAAUAGGACUAUCAAACACCAUCAAUUAAAAAAUGAAGAAUGGAUGGACUCUGGAAAGAUUGAAAGAUUAAAGACACUAUUACCACAAAUUAAAAAGGAAGGAAACAAGGUGCUUAUCUUUAGUCAAUUUACAAAGAUGUUGGAUAUCCUUGAAUUAGUGAUGGAAACGUUAAAUAUAUCUUUCCUUCGCCUUGAUGGUGAAACUAAAGUUAUGGAACGUCAAUCUACCAUUGAUGAAUUUAAUGAAAAUGAGGAUAUCACUGUCUUUUUACUAAGUACAAAAGCAGGUGGAUUUGGUAUCAAUUUGACGUCAGCAAAUAUUGUUAUUCUUUAUGAUUUAGACUUUAAUCCUCAAAAUGAUAAACAAGCAGAAGAUCGUGCACAUCGUGUUGGUCAAAAGAAAGAUGUUACGAUUUACAAACUAAUUUCAAAGGAUUCUGUUGAGGAAUAUAUUUUAAAAAUGGCCGAGAUGAAACUUAGACUUGAUAAAAAUGUAUCAUCAAAAGAAGGCGAAGAUGUUGUUGACGAACAAGGUCAAGAUACUAAACAAACACUACAGUCCAUCAUUAAGGAAGCGUUCCAUCUAGCUAAUAAACAGACUUUGUUUACAUUUAUUUAAUCAUAAUAGAACAAAAUAAUAAAGCAUUACAUAUUUAUAUAUUUAUAAAAGAAGAAGAAGAAGAAAAAAAAA